AUGAAAACUAACUAAUACACUCUUAUUUCAAUUGAAGGAAAUAUUGGAUCUGGAAAAAGUACUUUACUAAAAUUGAUAUAAUAAAAAUAUCCUGAUGUAAGUCAUACUAAUAUUUUUAGUUACGAUUUAUACCUGAACCUGUUAAUGAAUGGCAAUGUAUUAAUGGUGAUCCAUCUAUGAAUUUAUUGGGUUCAUUUUAUGAAGACCCUACAAGAUGGGCUUAUACUAUGCAGGUUUAUGCCUUUUAUAGCAGAUUAAAACAUUGGAAAGAAGUUCUCUCAGAUCCAAUUAAUCCAGAGGAGAAACAUUUAAUAUUAAGUGAGAGAAGCAUAGAGGCAGAUAAAGAAAUAUUUGCUGUAAAUGGACAUAAAAAUGGUUUAAUUAACAAUUUGGAAUUUGCUUUAUAUGAAAAAUUCUAUGAUUGGUUAUGUGAAGAAGUUUUCGGAAAGAAAAUUUAAAAGCAAAUGAUCAUUUAUCUAUAAGUGGAUCCAGAAGUAUGUCAUUUAAGAAUGUAAAAGCGAGCAAGAGAUGAAGAAAAAGUAUUACCGCCAUUUUUAUUAUUUAAAGAAUACAAUUUCUAAGGAAUAUCUGACAUAAAUACAUAAUAGACAUGAAGAAUGGUUAUUAAGAGAAACACAUAAAAAUACAUCAAUAUUAGUUCUAAAUGGAGAUAAAGAAUUUGAAAGUGAUCUAAAUUAAUAAUAAAAGAUGUUUAAUAGUAUAGAUAACUUUUUAAAAGGAUUAUUAUGA